AUGGCAACGCCUCCACCAUCUCCACCGUCAAAAAUCGACCUCUGGACCAUCCUAUCCGAAUCCAGGCGCAUACUCAAAGCCCACAGUGGCCACUUCCAAGCUCUCACAGUCCUCUUUCUCCUCCCUUCCUCUUGUUUUAUAUCCAUUUAUCCCUUCAUCUAUCAACACUUCUCUCCCACCAUUGAAUCCCACCUCAGCUUCCUUGAACAAAAUCCCCCCAUCUUCCCCAUUAAACUCCCCAUCUUCAAUCUCCUUUACACCCUCAUCCUCUCCAUCUUUUCUUUCUUCGCUAUCGGUUCCAUCACUUACAGCGUUUUCCACGGCUUUUACGGUCGACCCCUCAACCUUUUAUCCUCUUUUAAGGCAGCUUCCACUUCCUUCUUCCCUCUCCUCUUGACUUCCCUUGUAACCCAGUUUAUCGUUUAUGGAAUCAGUUUAGUUAUUGUUUUGGUCUUUUUUGCAUUAAUCAAAGCAACCCAAUUUUACUCUUCACCUACUUUCAUCUUACUUAUCCUUGUCUAUGUGAUCAUUUUCACGUCUACUAUAACUUAUCUCCAACUGAACUGGAUAUUUGCUCAAGCUAUCGUAGUAGUUGAAUCAAGCUGGGGACUUGAACCAUUAAAGCGAAGUCGAAAUCUAGUUAAAGGAAUGAAAGGGGUUGCUUUUAAGAUGAUGCUGUUUUUCGGCUUCUUCAUUGCGUGUAAUACCUGGCUCUCAAUUCAAAGACUGAGGGAUCCAGCUGGUGAUAAAUGGAAAAGUUGGACAUUUGUUAUGAAUAUUGUCUCCACUUCCUGCAUCUACAUGUUGCUUAUGCUUCAUGGUUUGGCUGCAAAUACAGUUUUCUAUAUAUAUGCCAAGGCUCUACAUGGAGAGCUUGAUGAAGAAUUUGCUACACAGUAUGUAAGUUUGCCUGUUGAUGAUGGGAAAGUGAAUGUUCCUUAUGUUGUUUCAAUCGUUUAA